AUGAUUGAUUCCAAUAUUAUUCAGCCUGGUGAAUCGGAAAUGAAUGUUGAACAGCGUAUUGGAGGAGAUUCGCCAUUAUCAGCAGCUGGCAAAGCGUAUACCGAAGCUCUAGAAAACAUCACGGAUUUGAUUGUUUGGACAAGUGAAAGACAACAAUCGAUCAAUACAGCAGCAAAGAUCAAUGCUCCUAAGGAGCAAUUGAAAGCUCUCAAUGGAAUCAAUGCCGUAAAAAAAUUUAGGUUGACCUAUCGAGAAAUAGCGGAACGUUAUCCUGAAGAAUUUGCUGCUCGUGAUCAAUCCAAAUACUACUAUCGAUAUCCGGGUGGAGAAUCUUAUCAUGAUCUUGUUGCUCGACUCGAACCAGUGAUCAUGGAAUUGGAAAGAGCAGAGAAUUUACUUGUCAUCUCUCAUCAAGCUGUAGCUCGUUGCAUUCUUGCUUAUUUUCUCGAUAAAGAUCCUGAACGUCUACCCUAUAUCAGAGUGCCAUUACAUACAGUGAUUAAAUUAACACCGAUGGCUUAUGGAUGUAUGAUGGAAUAUAUACCACUGUCAGUUGAAGCUGUGAACACACACCGUAGCAAACCAGAGAAUUGUGACCCCAAUCGACCGGUUGCGGUGGCACUUAAUGAAUUUCACGAAGCACGUUUAGAAACCAAACCGGGUCCAACGACAUGCCAGAUCAUUUAUCAGAAUGCUGGUACAGCGAUUGAAACGACUGAUGUUCAUGGGAAUCGAAUACUGCGUAGAGACAGUAUCAUUGGAUAUAUUACACUGAAUAAUAGUUGCUUGACAUCUCGCGAUAGCAUUAUCCAAGAAUCAUCAAUACCUAAUUGA